AUGGAAACCGGCCCGCGGUAUCCCAGCAUGCCUCACCUCCAGCUGCCCAAUUGUGAGAGUUCCUAUAGGCGCCUCCUGAUGAUGCAUGCGGAAGUGCGGCCAGGCCCCCCGCCCCAGAAGGAAAGAGACCGGCCCAGCGCUUCCGGGAGCCCCGCGGCGGCGCCCAGUGUCCGCAUCCUCCGGCACCUCUCAGGGAGUUUUGGACGUGGUCAGAGGCCCCACUCCCCGCGGGUGCGUAACGCCAACCCUGGCGCCUGGUUUGCCCUCUCCGGUCAGUCGAUCGGAGCCGGCCCAAUCUCCAGGGCCGAAGCGGAGACUUAA